AUGACUCUCUGUCUUAACCGCCUUGCGGAAGAACGUAAGCAAUGGCGAAAGGACCAUCCCUUUGGAUUCUCUGCCAAACCUGUUCGCAACCCCGCUACGAAUACUAUCGAUAUGAAGACUUGGGAGUGCGGCGUACCAGGCAAGAAGGAUACCUUAUGGGAGGGCGGUCUUUUCAAACUGAGCGUUAUCUUCCCGGAUGAAUACCCAACCAAGCCCCCAAAGUGCAAAUUCACACCACCCCUCUUCCACCCCAACGUUUACCCCUCCGGAACCGUUUGUCUCUCCAUUCUCAACGAAGAAGAAGGCUGGAAACCCGCCAUCACCAUCAAGCAAAUCCUCCUCGGCAUCCAAGAACUCCUCGAUACCCCUAACCCCGAUUCGCCCGCCCAAGCCGACGCCUACAACCUCUUCAAGAAAGACAAGGCUGCCUACGAGACCAAGAUCAAGCGCAUCAGUCUUUCCGUAAAGAAGCCCGGAAGCUCUACCAGAAACUCCCUACAACCAUUCCAAGUAUCCUCUCGCCAAGCAUCCAAGAAGGGAUACUCACCAGCAAAAGCCACUGAACUCAACAUUAAAAAAUCCUGCAAUCCAAUUGGCUCCCCAGAAAUCGCGAUCAGUGAGACACAGGACUCAAAGCCACACAGCCUUCCCCAAGCAUCCUUGCCACAGCCGAUUUUCGGCCAUACACUAAAGGAAUUUUGUAAUUUUGAGCCAAGAGAAGAGCACAGAGCUCUUCACCCCGAUGUCAAGGCUUUUAAGCCAACGGCCUUGCGAAUGGCGAAGCAAGUUCGUCAUCGUGGACCAGAUUGGAGUGGAAACGUUAUCUCCAACAACACCAUUCUUGCGCAUGAGCGCUUGAGUAUUGUUGGCGUUGAAAGUGGUGCGCAACCAAUUACCAACUCAGACGACACUCUCGUACUCGCAGUCAAUGGCGAAAUCUACAACCACAGAGUCAUCCGCAAGGGACUCAAGAACAAAUAUCAUUUCAAGACACAUUCCGAUUGCGAAGUCAUAAUACCACUGUACAUGGAACAUGACAUUGAUGCGCCAAAACAUUUGGACGGAAUGUUCUCGUUUGUUUUAUACGACAAGAAGCAAGAUCGCACAAUUGCCGCACGCGAUCCAAUUGGUAUUACCAGUUUUUACCAAGGAUGGUCUAGCAAAACACCAGGAGCCGUAUACUUCGCCUCCGAGUUGAAAUGUUUACAUCCUGUUUGCGACAAGAUCAUUGCUUUCCCCCCUGGUCACAUCUAUGAUUCUAAAACCGAAAAGACAACCAGAUAUUUCGAGCCAUCAUGGUGGGAUCCUGCCAACGUGCCAUCAACACCAAUAGAUUACACACUUUUGAGAGAAACAUUCGAGAUGGCUGUUCGUAAGCGUCUCAUGGCAGAAGUCCCUUACGGAGUUCUGCUGUCCGGUGGUCUCGACUCGAGUUUGGUGGCUGCCAUUGCUCAAAGAGAGACUCUGCGCCUGAAAACUGCUACGCUUGCUGCAAUUGAGAACGGAAGCGGAACUGCGACACCAACGGCUAACGAGGACCAAGGGGAAGGACUUGUUGGCAUUGAUGACGAUAACAAGUUGUCGACUCUGACUUAUCUUCCUCAAUUGAACUCCUUCUCUAUUGGUCUACCAAACUCGCCUGAUACCAAGGCCGCUAAAGAAGUAGCCAAAUUCCUUGGUACUAAACAUCACGAUAUGACUUUCACCAUUGAUGAUGGUUUGAACGCACUGUCUGAUGUUAUUUACCACUUGGAAACCUAUGAUGUAACAACAAUUCGUGCAUCCACCCCUAUGUUUCUUCUCUCGAGAAAGAUCAAGGCUAUGGGUGUCAAGAUGGUAUUGAGUGGAGAAGGUAGUGAUGAGAUCUUUGGAGGUUAUCUAUACUUCCACGCUGCGCCAGAUAAGGCCGCUCUUCACGAAGAGACAGUCCGCAGAAUCAAGGACUUGCAUUUGUCUGAUUGCUUGAGAGCCAACAAAUCGACCUCCGCUUGGGGAUUGGAGGCUCGUGUUCCUUUCCUUGACAAGGAAUUCCUCGAAGUAUCCAUGAACAUCGAUCCACAAGAGAAGAUGAUUACCAAAGAUCGUCUUGAGAAGUAUAUUCUCCGAAAGGCUUUUGACACAUCAGAUGAUCCAAGCGUGAAACCAUACCUUCCAAAACACAUCCUUUACAGACAAAAGGAGCAAUUCAGUGACGGUGUCGGCUACGGAUGGAUUGAUUCUCUCAAGGAUAACGCAGAACUUCACGUUACUGACGAGAUGAUGAAGAACCCCAAGCCGGAAUGGGGUUCUGAUAUUCCAGACACUAAGGAAGCUUACUGGUACCGAACAAUGUUCGAUGAACACUUCCCACCAUCUUGCGCUGAGAGUGUCUCGCGAUGGACUCCAACCUGGUCUAAACAGACCGACCCCAGUGGAAGAGCGAUUGCCAUUCACAACGAAAAGUAUGACGAGUAA